CCUGUCCUAAACUAUUCAUUUGGUUUGCCUUGAAAUGAAAUCACAAAGUAAAGUUUGUUUUGAAACAGUCAUAACCUCCUUUUCCAGCUGCUCCGGUAACACACGAAAGACUCCACCGCUCUAACCUUCGUCGUUGCCGCUCCUUUCUCAAACACACCCACGCAGCAAGGAAUUAUGUCACCUAUGAGAUUAACAAGGUCAAAUGACUUAUGCAUUUUCUCUAUUGGGAAAGAUUCUUAAGAUGGGUUAUCAGCCGAAUAUCGUAACCUUGACAACCCUUAUAAAAGGCCUUUGUCUUAAAAAUGACAUUCAGAAAGCAUUGUACUUUCAUGAUGAUCUUAUCGCUAAGGGAUUUCAGCUCAACCAGGUUAGUUACGGGACAUUGAUCAAUGGCUUGUGUAAAAUGGGACAUACAACACCUGCCCUCCAACUGUUGAGACGGCUCGAAAAAGGAUCAGUCAAGCCUGGUUUGGUAAUUUACAGUACAAUCAUUGAUAGCAUGUGCAAAAAUAAGCUUGUAGAUGAUGCUUGUGAAUUAUUUUCUGAAAUGGUUAACAAGGGAAUUUUUCCAGACGUUGUCACUUAUAGUGCUCUAAUCUAUGGUUUUUGUAUUGUGAAUAAAUUAAAAGAAGCAAUUGUUUUGUUGAACGAAAUGGUAUCGAAAAACAUCAACCCAAAUGUUUAUACCUUUAGUAUAUUGAUCGAUGCGUUUUGUAAGGAGGGAAAGAUGAAAGAAGCUAAAAGUGUGUUAGCUAUGAUGAUGAAACAAGGCAUGAAACCUGAUGUAGUUACUUAUAAUACUUUAAUGGAUGGGUUCUGCCUUCGUAAUGAAGUGAGCAAGGCCAAAUAUAUAUUCAACACUAUGGUCCAAAGAGGAAUGAUGCCCGAUGUUAAGAGCUACAGUAUUAUGAUCAAUGGGUUCUGUAAGAGUAAAAUGUUGGAUGAAGCCAUCAAUCUCUUUGAAGAAAUGCAUUUCAAAAAUAUCUUUCCCGAUACGGUAACUUACAGCACUCUUAUUGAUGGUUUGUGCAAAUCAGGGAGAAUUUCGUAUGCUUGGGAGCUUGUAGAUGAGAUGUGUGACAGAGGCCAACCGCCCAAUGUAAUCACCUACAAUUCCUUCUUGCACACUUUGUGCAAAAAUCAUGAACUUGACAAGGCAAUUGCAUUAGUCAAGAAAAUUAUCGACCAAGGUAUCAUGCCAAAUUUGUACACGUACAGUACCCUAAUUGAUGGACUUUGCAAAGGUGGGAGGCUUAAUGAUGCACUAAAGGUUUUUCAUGAUCUUUUGGCUAAAGAAUACAAUAUUAAUGUUGUAACGUACACAACUAUGAUUUGUGGACUUUGUAAUGAGGGCUUGUUUGAAGAAGCAUUUGUUUUGCUGUCAAAAAUGGAAGAUAAGGGCUGCUUUCCUAAUGCCUUCACUUUUGAAAUAAUGAUUUCUACUCUCUUUGAAAGUGGUGAGAAUGAUAAAGCAGAGAAACUUCUUCGUCAAAUGAUUGCUAGAGGUCUGCUAUAAGAGUAAAUACAUGUAUGUCUUUUUCUAGUUAUCCAAUGUUAUUUUGAAUUUUAAUUAUAAUCAUCGUGAAAUGAUUUCUUAUCAGUUAUUUGUUUGCUGUUAUUAAUUUACUGUGGUAAAUAGUGAUAGUUGCAUUUUAUGUUUUCUAUUAGUACACCCGAUUGUGUAUCGGUAAUUGUUCAAUGCCCUAUAUAUGUAGAAUCUCGAUUUCCCUUCUUUUCUUUGUUUUUCAUUGAAAACUGAUUGUAUUACAGGUAUUAAAUUCUUAUAUGAUGAUCCAAGGAGUUGAGUUUUGUAAUGGUCUUGUUGCUACUGAUUUUUUUGGUUAUCUAAUGUUUAUAAUUAAUCAGGGCUUAAGUGGUAGUUUAUUAGGAUAGUCGUCCAAUCUGUGUAAGCACGAGCCUUUUCUUUCCUCCGCUUCCUUUAUCAUUAUGCCGUUUUCCCAUUUUUAGUAAUAAAAGAACCAGCAGUAAGACCAAACUUAGAGUGAGCAGCAUAAUAUGAGAGAACUCUCUAAUGAUGGACAGAAUACAAAUAAUCGAGAAAAAAAAACUGAAUAACGGCAUGCUAAUCACAUAUAAAUACAAUGUCUGCCUUAUCCUUCCUCUCUCAUAUAAGAACACAAAAAUAAUUUUCUUUUGAAUUGCCAGAUAUACAUAUACUUUUGAAUAAUUUUCUUAUGAAGUUGGUCUCUGCCAUUAUAUAGACUAUUAUUCUUUGUGCUAUGCUAAUUCAACAAGAAAAUAUAUUUGUUAUUCAACUUGGUUGACGAUGGUGCUUUACUUCAUAUAUGGUUUUGGCUACAAUAUACUUGACAAUUAUGCAGUCGAAGAUGUGUUAAAUUUUUCGUCUCUGUUACUGUCAAUAUUUUUUUAAGUCUCAAAUAACAAGUCACAUAGAGUGGAACAUAACCAUGAGCAUUUUUUCCCUUCUUCCACUAUUGUUAGCUAGGAAGUUAAAUCAUGGAAACUACAGCUGAGUUUUAUAGUUGUACUACUACUAUAUGUACCAUUAAAUUGGAUUAACUCAUUAUUGUCUAAUUUGUGAUUCAUGAAUUCCAACUUGAUAUUAUAUGUAUUUUACCUUGGUUCUGAAGGGUUCUGCUGCUAAUUGGGAACAUGGACCUUGUAACAUUGUGUUACUAUUAAUACUGUAACAUUGAAGUCUUGACUAAUAGACUUGGCUGCUUCUUUCUUACAGUUGCAUAUAUUUCUUUCUUUUGACUAUAAUGUUCUUUCUUGCAUAGGUUUUGAUCUAAGAGUUCAAUGUAAGUAGAACCCUUCGAUUUGCGGAUGCCUAAAAAAAAGUGUUUUUACCAUUAAUAUUUUUUGGUUAUCUUGUUAAAUAAUUGGUUUAUGACUUUAGAACAUUGUAAAUGCAGUGGUUUUCUUAUGGAAACAAAAGUUCUUCCCAACUCAUGUCUCUCUAUCACAACUUAUUUCCACUUACAAAAAAUUGAUGAUAAACUACUUGAAAGACGACGUCGUUGAGUUCGUGCGUGGCUUUCUUCUCGCUGCGAACAAGAAGAAGAAAAUGUCAUCACUGUUUAUGAGAUUAACAAGGUUUCCUGUUCAUGUGAUGGCUUAAACAACCACCAAAGAAUCCACAUUCAAUUCCACAUGCGAAAAAUUAAAACUUCUAGCAUAAAUGAGUCCUUCAAAAAUUCUCCAAAACUCUGCUAAAUACGCACUACCAAAGCCGACAAGUUUAUAAAAUCCACCCAAGCAUUAACCAUCACUCCCUCUAAUAAUUCCAUCACAUCCAAUCGAGUCAUCUUCACUACGAGCCCCAUCCGUAUUCAAUCUAACCAAAUUCUCUAUAUUUGUAUGGGAUUUGUAUUUUUCGCACUCCCUGCAAUGUCUCAGUCACCCCCUGAAAUGACUAAACUAUCCUUCUCGCUUUGUAGGAUGCGAGCACGUCGAUCGCGUUGCAGAAAGCGAGGGGUUAUAUGUAGGUGACCUUUGAAUUCACCCACCCCCCAGACAUUUAACAUGUUCUCUAUCUAAGAUGCGAACACAUCUUAUUUUAAAAGCAUCGCCGUCUAGGAUGUGAACACGUCUUAAUUAUAAGACGUCUUCAUCUUCUUCUUUCCCAUUUCAACAAUUUCUAAAAAACUAGGAGGAGUAUUGGCCUACUGGUAAACUGGUAAAAUUGAAGGUUUAUUGGCCGUUUGUGGUUGAAAACAACAAAAGGAAGUUAUGUUUUAAAACACAAUACUCACAAACCCAUUGCCCAAACCCUCAAUUCUCCCAAAACCUUAGUUCGUCGAAAUUGAAGGUUUCUUUGUCGUUUAGGGUCGCAAUAAUCAAAGGAGCAAAGAGUACUAUAAGAUAUGGGAAAUACAUCCAAAGAUGCUGAUAGAGGGAACGUGCCACCAAGGCUAGUGCAUCUGCCAGGAAGGAAAAGGCGGCUCAGAAUCCUCCGAAGAAGCGGUCACGGAAAGCUCCAGCUAUGUCAGAUGCUGCUGAGACUGUUCACCCUUAGCAUGAGGCUACGAAUGUGCAGAUUCAGGGUGAUGGUGUAGUGCGUGAGAUGGAGGAGGAGGAGGAGGAGGAGGAGGAGGAGAUGGUGCAGGAAGGUGAUGAAAGUUCAGUAAUGAAGGUUCGACGCCCGACUUGAGUAAAUCCUUAUGAAGGACAGCCUGUGCCUAAGGAGUUUCCUGGGGGCCGUUGGAUACGUCAGUAUUGUAUGAUUAUGGAGCGCCGCAUAUUGCGAGAUGCAUUUAUGACAACAAAGACCGUGACAUGAUUACGCCGGUCAGCAACGAGACAAAGAUGAAUUCGAUUGUUUAUUUUGUUAAUGACUUCAAAUGGGUGGCACGCAACCAUGGACACCAUAGGAAUGUAUGGCUGAAACUAACUGGAUACUCGUUUCUUGAUCCCGCAUUGUUGUCUACUUUUGUGGAGCGAUGGCACGGGGAGACCAGUAGCUUCCAUAUGCCGAGCAGAGAGAUGACAAUCACGCUAGAUGACGUGUGUUGUCUUGUGCAUCUACCCAUUAAGGGACGUCUGCUAGACCAUAAAGGUAUCCCGACCAAAACUGAGGGUGUUGAGUUAAUGAUUAAGCAUAUGGGAUCAACUCGGGAGGAAGCUGAGCACGAGGUUAAAACAACCAAGGGUGCACAUCCAAGGUUCGUAUAUUUGAAGGAACUCAUCAAAAAACACACGUAAGUAGUCAACAAAAUUGAGGUGGAUGGUGAUAAGGACACUUUUGAGAGGUAUAAGGGAUAUAUUACGAGGGCGUACCUCUUAUUGUUGGUUGGAACCACUAUCUUCUCUAACAAGGCAAAGAACAACGUGGACCUGACAUACUUAAAGUAUUUCAUAGAUCUGGAUCAGGUUCACACAUAUGCGUGGGGCACUGCUGCACUGACAUUCCUUUACCGGGAGUUGACAAACGUCACUGUUCCGUCCUGCAAAUAUGUGGCUGGAUACAUGACGCUGCUACAGGCUUGGAUCUACGACUACUUUUUGGACAACGGAGGGUCUUUGGAUACGCAAUACGAACAACAAUACCACCGAGAUGUUUGCCCCUUUGAGGAUAUAACUUUGUACUCCGGUUGCAUCAGUUGUGGGCCGAUCAAAGUAAGGUAUCUACCAGAGCGGGUGUUACGGUAGUGUGGCUACGUGUAGACCAUUCCCCGUCAUCCAGAUUCCGCUGCGAAUAUAUUGGACACAGUAGAUCGUAUUGAUCAGCAUUGGCUCAAUUACACGGAUCGCGUUCUGACUUUUGAUAUGCUUGGCAGCCGUGCUACUAUUUUGUCAGACACUGCCCCCGGAUACAUGUCGUGGUAUUUCAGGAUAUCACAUCCUUACAUCGUCUAUAUCCCGAUGAGUCUGAUGCAACAACCUAUGCCUGUUGAGUCUGAUGCUGCUAUGCUUGGUAGAUUGGCCAGCAUCCGGGAAAUACUCAACGGUGUUAUGCACAUCGAUGAAGUUCCAAACAGCUCUCGUGUUUACAAUGAACUCCAGUCUGCAUACACUUUGACAUUUGUACUGAAUCAGGGUGAACCCGGUUCUAGUAGUCAGCAUUAGGAAAGAUUAUUUUUAACUCUGGUUGUUUUAUUUUGUAUCUAUUUGAUGCUUUGGAAUUGUUUGGAUAUUAAUUAGUUUAACGUUGUUCGCGAUAUUACUGCAAAUGCACAUGUAUAUCUUGUAGUUAUAAAAGAUUAUUGAUCCCACA